AAAUUUAUUUUAAAACGAAAUUUGUGACAAGGACAGAAUCAAAAUAUUACGACGUACAUAAAAAACAUUUCAUUUUUAAUUAACAUAACAAAAAAAAAAGUGUAUUUUUUAAAAUAAAAAAUUAAUAAUAUCCUUGUGUUGUUUAGAAUGUCAUAAAAAUUAAAAUUUAAUAAAAAUGGUUGAGCCUAUGUUUGAUUAUCAGUUUCGUUUAAUUUUAAUCGGUGACAGUACAGUAGGAAAAAGUUCACUAUUAAAAUAUUUCACGGAUGGAAAAUUUGCUGAGAUUUCAGAUCCAACAGUUGGUGUAGAUUUUUUCGCGCGAAUCAUAGACGUAAAAGAUGGCACACGAAUAAAAUUACAAUUAUGGGAUACAGCCGGGCAAGAACGUUUUCGAUCAAUCACUAAAUCAUAUUACAGAAAUUCAGUGGGUGCAUUAUUGGUGUACGAUAUAUGUAAUCGUGCUAGUUUCGAACAUAUACCAUUAUGGAUGUUAGAAGCCAAACGGCAUAUCGAACCACAUCGACCUGUGUUUGCGUUAGUCGGCUGUAAAUUAGAUCUAGUCAGUAAUGGAGGCCGACGUGAAAUCACAAAAGAAGAGGCACGUACGUUUGCCGAUCAAUACGGUUUACAUCACAUCGAAACGUCUGCAAAGUCUGGCUUGAAUGUCGAAGAAGCAUUUAGAACUGUAACACAAGAGGUAUAUAAUCGAAUACAAACUGGCGAAUAUAAAGUUGAAGAUGGAUGGGAUGGUAUCAAAACAGGGUUUGCACGACCUAACGGGCUAGAUUUUAAUUUAAUUGAAGCGGAACCAGCUAAAUCAUCUUGUUGCUGAACACAUACUGUUUCUUUUUUUUUACAAAAUAAUGUUUCAAAACUAAUUAAUACUAAUUAUAAAAUACUAUAAAUAGUCUUAAUUGUUUCUAGGUCUGAUUAAAACUAUUAAAAAAUUAUUUUUUAAUCAA